CAACGCCAGAUUUUCUUGAGUCGUGAACGUUCACAAUGGACAAAAUGAACAAAAUUCUCUUGGUAUUCGCAGCUGCAAUAAUUGCAUGUCAAGCGGUGCCCCUUUCAACAAAACAAGGAGAAUUCAACCGAUACUUUAUUUACACCAGUACCAAUCCUAGAGUACCUAUCGAGAUAAACGCGAGAAAUAUUACAGCAGAAUCUGUAUCAGCACUCCUUCCUACAAGUAAUACGACCAUCAUUGUUCAUGGACACAGAGGAUCUGGAACGACUUCAUUAAAUCCCACAGUGAAGGAUGCUUUCUUAAGGAGUCAAAAUAUAAACGUCAUUGUAGUAGACUGGUCAACGUUUGCAUCACAAACUUACUCUGUUGCCGCUGGUGCCGUCCCAAGUGUUGGUGCUGGCUUAGCGAAUGUAAUCACUGCGUUAGUUAGCGCUAACGUUACCGCUCUUGAAACAUUGCAUCUGGUUGGUUUCGAUCUCGGUGCUCAUGUCGUCGGUUUCGCUGGAAGAAAUCUUGAUGGAAAAGUUGCGAGGAUAACUGGUUUGAGUCCAGCUGCACAGAACUGGGGUAGCAACUCUCAGCGUAUUAGCAAAAAUGAUGCUCUAUAUGUAGAAAUUAUUCACACGGAUGCUGUUGGUGUUUUGGGCCAUGGCAUUGGUGACGCUGUUGGUGACGUGGACUUCUUUGUUAACGGUGGAACUGGACAGCCUGGCUGUUUCCUUAAUAAUUACUGUAGUCACAACCGCGCAUGGGAAGUGUUCGCUGCCACACUCACGAAUAAUCAUAUAUUCGGAAAUCAAUGUGGAAAUUGGCUCCAAGUUACGUUGAACACAUGUCGUGGUUACUCUAUCGCUAUGGGAAAUAACGACUUUAACAAACUUGGAUCUGGAAUGUUCCGUGCUAAUACCAGAAGAACAUACCCCUUCUAAAGGACGACAUGAAAUGUUGUGAUUAUUCAAAAGACAAAUUUAAGCUUUGUAUAUAUAAUGAGGUCUAUUAUGUUUAAUUAUACAAAAUUAAAAUUAAAUAUUUU